UGCUAGUGGAAGGACGACAACGACGGCGGUGUCUCCAGUCUUUUGAAUUUCGGUUCGGUCCGCGCCAAAGGAUAUACAGGGACACACACCAAUAUAGCACAAAGCAUAGCUACCGCCCACCACCCCUCGAAUACAUAGGCGCAGUGAAAAAUUCUAUACGUUUGCUGUGUCUGUGUGCGUGUCUCGCGUCGCGUGUUACAGUGCAUGUGUGUGCGUGUGUGCGAAAUGGGCACAGCGAAAAUAAUUUAAAUAAAUUUAGAAAAAAUCCCAUUAAGAGAGCUAAUACAAAAUUCUUUGCUUCCCCCCAUAAAUCUGAAUAAAAGGAAAUUUAACAAAGGAUAUACAACAAAUGCGAAAAGGAAUAAAAUAUAUAUAUAUAAGAUAUAUCCAAGUGUGUGUGUCAGUGCAAAAGUGUUGAUGGAAACUAAAACCAAAUAAUACGUGAAACUAACCGGGUAUUCAGUCCCGAAAGAGAUUAUAGUUGUAAAAACACAAGCACUCGAUAAAAUCAAUAACUGGGAUUAGAAGCUGAAGUUUAUAGCGAAGCUUAACGGAAAAGGAAAUUGGAAAAAAUCGCAAAGAACUUAAAUUUGCGCCUCCCACAGGAAAACAAAUAAAAAUGUAUUGAUCAGCAGUGGAAAAGGUGGACUGGACAAAGGAAUUUACCCAUGAAUAAGUCAAGUGUUAAUAGUAAAGUAAACAAUUGAAGAGUGAGCACAUUGAAAAGGGAAAGUCGCAAAAAAGGUGUUAAUACCAAAAAGGAUCAGAAAGUGCCGCGGCAAAAUGGCGGCACGACGUUGCCUGAAUCAGCUCAGGCAACGUUAUAUAACCAACCGAUUUAAUAUAUGCACCUGCGCGAUAUUCUUGAUAUCCCUCCCAUUUAUUUUGGCCAUAGAGGAGACCACAUUUGCUGGUCUCUCGGCGGAAAAUGCGGCUCGCAUGCUGGCCGGCAGUCCCGGGGAUGUCGAAAAGUCCUCGUCAUUGCAUCACAGCGAAAUGUCCUUGGUCCUGCCACACGAUACCUAUCCUGGAUUCAGCAUCAAAAAGUUCAAAACCCAUCCUGUGAAAAUAAACGGUAGCUCGCACUCUGGUGCAGCUGCCUAUCACAUGUUGGACACGGACUACUCCAAGUACUUCACCGUACUGGAAGAUGGCGUGGUGAUGACCACGGCGGAUAUUUCCCCGCUUGUCAAUCGUCCGGUUCAGUUGGUGGUUGUUGAGCAAACGCCCAAUGCCACAAAUACGCACAAUCUGCAGCUGUUUGUGAUGCACCGCAAUGAUAUGCUGCGAUUUUCGGGUUCCCUACUCGAUGCCAGUGGUGAAGUUAGGGAGAAUCAACCGGCGGGUACCAGGGUGAGGGGAGUGCCCCUGAUGCAGGCAUUCAGCGGUUCCAUCCUGGACGAGGAACUGGCCACACCCAAGAAGGUUCGGUACACCAUUAUUGACGGCAACGUGGAUGAUGCAUUCGCCCUGCAGGAACGAAAGGCCAACAAGAACAUUCAAAUAAGUGCCAAGUCCUUGGUGAUUAACGGCGAUGACGAAUCCGGUGUUUGGCUGGUCACCAAUCGUCCUCUGGAUCGAGAGGAGCGGGCUCACUAUGAUCUCUCCGUAGAAGCAUCAGAUGUCGAUGGUUUGGACAAAACAGUUUCCAAAAUACAAAUCACCGUGUUGGAUGAAAACGACAAUAGGCCGAUUUUCAAGUCCCUGGACUACAAGUUCGCCAUCGCUGGCCAGAAAUCUGCAAAUAUGGAGAGCAACAGUAGUGUGACGUAUCAGCGAUUUGCGAUCAUGGGAAAAGUUGAGGCCACCGAUGCUGAUGGUGACAAGAUUGCCUAUCGGCUGAAGUCGCCCAGUAACGUUGUCAUUAUUGUACCCCAAACUGGCGAAAUAAUGCUGGCUGGAGAGCCCACUUCAAAUGAACUUCUUAUCGAGGUGAUAGCCCACGAUUUAAGGUACCCGAGUUUGCUGAGCGCAAAACCAGCGAAGGUUCUAUUGGAAUUUUUGGCCGCCGAACCAGUUUCGUUUAUAAUGCAACACCUGGAACACGAUGAGAUCAACAAUCACUCACAUCACCGAGAGAAAAGACGUGUCACACGAGCUGUUCGACCCACCAAGAGGAUUGAGUUCACGGAAGCUGAUGGAGAUACUGAGGGAAAAUCGGUGUUCCAGUUGGAGAAGGAAACCGAUAAGGAAACAUUCAAGAUCCGGGAUGAUAAUCCCUGGGUGACGGUGGAAACAAAUGGAGCUGUUCGAGUGAAGAAGAAGUGGGACUACGAGGAGUUGGGACCAGAGAAGACUAUCGAUUUCUGGGUCAUCAUCACCAAUAUGGGACACAAUGCUGGCAUCAAGUACACGGACAACCAGCGUGUGAUAAUCCUGGUGAAGGAUGUGAACGACGAGCCCCCCUACUUCAUCAACCGUCCACUGCCCAUGCAGGCGGUGGUUCAGCUGAAUGCACCACCCAACACUCCAGUGUUCACCCUCCAGGCCCGAGAUCCCGAUACGGAUCACAAUAUCCACUACUUCAUCGUUCGCGAUCGGACCGGCGGACGUUUCGAAGUGGACGAGCGUUCUGGAGUUGUGCGGACACGGGGCACGGAUCUCUUCCAACUGGAUAUGGAGUAUGUGCUGUACGUGAAGGCCGAGGAUCAGAACGGAAAGGUCGAUGAUCGCAGGUUCCAGAGUACUCCCGAGGAGCGACUUUCAAUCGUGGGCGGCAAACGAGCACCCCAGUUCUAUAUGCCCAGCUAUGAAGCCGAGAUCCCGGAAAAUCAGAAAAAGGACUCAGACAUCAUUUCGAUUAAGGCCAAGUCGUUCGCAGACCGCGAAAUUCGCUAUACUUUGAAGGCCCAGGGCCAAGGAGCCGGCACCUUUAACAUCGGACCCACUUCGGGCAUUGUCAAGUUGGCCAAGGAGUUGGACUUUGAGGAUCUGCGACAGCCGCACGUGUACUCGCUGAUUGUGACAGCCACCGAGGAUUCGGGAGGAUUUUCCACCUCCGUCGAUCUCACCAUUCGCGUUACGGAUGUGAACGAUAAUGCGCCGAAGUUCGAGCUGCCGGACUACCAAGCCCACAAUGUGGAUGAGGACAUUCCAUUGGGAACAAGCAUACUUCGCGUUAAAGCCAUGGACUCCGAUUCUGGAUCGAAUGCGGAAAUCGAAUAUCUAGUAUCCGAUGAUCAUUUCGCCGUGGACUCCAACGGAAUCAUCGUGAACAACAAGCAACUGGAUGCGGACAACAACAAUGCCUAUUAUGAGUUCAUAGUGACUGCCAAGGACAAGGGGGAACCGCCCAAAUCGGGAGUGGCUACAGUUCGAGUUUACACCAAAAACAAGAACGAUGAGGAGCCCAAGUUCUCCCAGCAAGUGUAUACCCCCAAUGUGGAUGAGAAUGCAGGGCCCAACACUUUGGUUACCACUGUGGUAGCCUCCGACAAGGAUGGUGAUAACGUGCGUUUUGGAUUCGUGGGCGGCGGCACUUCAUCGGGUCAGUUUGUCAUCGAGGACAUAACCGGUGUGAUCCGACUGCACAAUAAGGCCAUAUCCCUGGACAAGGACAAGUACGAGCUGAACGUCACCGCCAUGGACGAUGGAUCUUGUUGCGUGAAUGGAGACCAAACUAUCCACACCUCAACUGCCGUGGUCGUGGUAUUCAUCACCGACGUCAACGAUAAUAAGCCAGUGUUCAAGGACUGCAGUACCUAUUAUCCGAAAGUCGAGGAAGGAGCUCCUAAUGGAAGUCCUGUCAUUAAGGUUGUGGCCACCGACGAGGAUAAGGGUGUGAAUGGACAGGUGAAAUACUCAAUUGUUCAGCAGCCAAAUCAGAAAGGCACAAAGUUCACGGUGGACGAGGAGACCGGCGAGGUGUCCACCAACAAGGUAUUCGAUCGCGAGGGAGAUGAUGGCAAGUUCGUAUCCGUCACAGUUAAGGCCACCGAUCAGGGUGAUCCCAGUCUGGAGGGUGUCUGCUCCUUUACCGUGGAAAUCACAGAUGUAAACGAUAAUCCUCCACUGUUCGAUCGACAGAAAUACGUGGAAAAUGUAAAGCAGGAUGCCAGCAUUGGCACGAACAUCCUCCGUGUCUCUGCCUCCGAUGAAGAUGCCGAUAACAAUGGAGCUAUAGUGUACAGCCUGACUGCCCCCUUCAAUCCCAACGAUCUGGAAUACUUUGAGAUUCAGGCUGAGUCCGGUUGGAUUGUACUCAAGAAGCCGCUUGACGGUUGUUAUCCACGUGACCGUUAUCGAUUGAGGGUUAGUGCCUCCGAUAAGGGCACUCCCGCCUCGGCAGCCGAUGUCGAUGUUGAGUUAGAUGUCGUCGAUCGGAAUAAUAAGCCACCCAUUUGGGAUAAGAGCAUUUACGGGCCGAUUCACAUACGCGAGAAUGUCACUGUGGGUACGGUUGUAACAUCGGUUAAGGCAAGUUCGGGUAUCGAAGGCAACCCCACAGUUUUUUAUCGACUGAUGCCCGGGUCAACGGCUCAAACGAACAAGUUUCACACGUUUUACUUGCAACAAAGACCGGACAAUGGCGACACUUGGGCCGAUAUAAAAGUAAAUCAUCCGCUGGACUACGAGAGUAUCAAGGAAUACAAUUUAACCAUACGUGUUGAGAACAACGGGGCCCAACAAUUGGCUUCGGAAGCGACCGUGUACAUAAUGCUCGAGGAUGUUAAUGAUGAAAUACCUUUAUUCACCGAACGCGAACAGGAAACGGUACUCGAGGGCGAACCGAUUGGCACCAAAGUGACACAAGUGAACGCCAUCGACAAGGAUGGCACAUUCCCAAAUAAUCAGGUCUACUACUACAUUGUGGAUUCGCCACGAAACGAGGGCAAGGAAUUCUUCGAAAUCAACCUGCAAAGUGGGGAAAUCUUCACGAAAACCGUAUUCGACAGGGAGAAGAAAGGCGCCUAUGCCCUGGAAGUGGAGGCUCGGGAUGGAGCCCCCUCUGCUCGACCCAACAGCAAUGGACCCAAUUCAGUCACCAAAUUCAUACGCAUUGGCAUCGCCGAUAAAAAUGAUAACCCGCCCUAUUUCGACAAAUCGCUGUACGAGGCCGAAGUGGACGAGAACGAGGACAUUCAACACACAGUGCUCACUGUAACGGCCAAGGAUCACGACGAGUCCUCACGUAUCCGCUAUGAAAUUACAAGCGGCAACAUUGGCGGCGCUUUUGCGGUUAAAAAUAUGACGGGUGCCAUUUAUGUAGCUGGCGCUUUAGAUUACGAAACUCGACGCCGGUAUGAACUUCGUUUGGCCGCCUCCGAUAAUUUGAAGGAGAACUACACCACCGUGAUUAUCCACGUCAAGGAUGUUAAUGAUAAUCCCCCCGUUUUUGAGCGACCCACUUAUCGCACCCAAAUUACCGAAGAGGACGAUCGUAAUUUGCCCAAACGCGUCUUGCAGGUUACGGCCACAGAUGGCGACAAGGAUCGUCCCCAGAACAUCGUGUACUUCCUCACGGGCCAGGGCAUUGAUCCGGAUAAUCCAGCCAAUAGCAAAUUCGACAUCAACCGCACCACCGGCGAAAUAUUCGUACUAAAGCCUCUGGAUCGCGAUCAACCCAAUGGACGCCCCCAGUGGCGUUUCACUGUAUUCGCCCAGGACGAGGGCGGCGAAGGACUCGUGGGAUAUGCGGAUGUCCAGGUCAAUCUGAAGGACAUCAACGAUAAUGCCCCCAUUUUCCCACAGGGCGUAUACUUUGGCAACGUGACUGAGAACGGAACCGCCGGCAUGGUUGUGAUGACCAUGACAGCCGUGGACUACGACGAUCCCAAUGAGGGUUCCAAUGCGCGACUGGUGUACUCCAUCGAAAAGAACGUGAUUGAGGAGGAGACGGGCUCCCCCAUUUUCGAAAUCGAACCCGAUACGGGUGUGAUAAAGACCGCCGUUUGCUGUCUGGAUCGCGAGAGAACUCCGGAUUAUUCUAUACAAGUCGUGGCGAUGGAUGGCGGGGGGUUAAAGGGGACGGGGACGGCCUCUAUACGAGUUAAGGAUAUCAACGAUAUGCCGCCGCAGUUUACGAAGGACGAAUGGUUUACGGAAGUGGACGAAACGGAUGGUACGGCCUUGCCGGAAAUGCCCAUUUUAACCGUGACCGUACACGAUGAAGACGAGACGAACAAGUUCCAGUACAAAGUUAUCGACAACAGUGGCUAUGGCGCCGAUAAGUUCACCAUGGUGCGGAAUAACGACGGUACUGGUUCGCUCAAAAUCGUACAGCCCCUGGACUACGAGGAUCAGCUGCAGAGCAAUGGCUUCCGUUUCCGCAUCCAAGUGAACGAUAAGGGCGAGGACAACGACAAUGACAAAUACCACGUGGCCUACUCCUGGGUUGUAGUCAAGCUGAGGGACAUCAACGACAAUAAACCGCAUUUCGAACGAGCCAAUGUUGAGGUGUCUGUAUUCGAGGACACGAAAGUUGGCACCGAACUCGAGAAGUUCAAGGCAACCGAUCCGGAUCAGGGUGGCAAGAGUAAGGUGUCCUAUUCCAUCGAUCGAUCUUCGGACCGUCAGCGCCAGUUUGCCAUUAACCAGAAUGGUUCAGUUACCAUUCAACGUUCCCUGGACCGCGAAGUAGUUCCUCGUCACCAAGUUAAGAUCCUGGCCAUCGACGAUGGUUCUCCGCCGAAAACCGCCACUGCCACUCUAACAGUCAUCGUGCAGGAUAUCAACGACAAUGCUCCCAAGUUCCUCAAAGAUUACAGACCGGUUCUGCCCGAGCAUGUUCCUCCACGUAAAGUGGUUGAAAUCCUGGCCACCGAUGAUGACGAUCGCUCCAAGAGCAAUGGACCGCCAUUCCAGUUCCGUUUGGACCCCAGUGCUGAUGACAUCAUCCGUGCUUCCUUCAAGGUGGAACAGGAUCAAAAGGGAGCCAACGGUGAUGGCAUGGCUGUAAUAUCGUCCCUAAGAUCCUUCGAUCGCGAACAGCAAAAGGAGUAUAUGAUCCCAAUUGUAAUCAAAGAUCAUGGUUCACCAGCAAUGACUGGAACCAGUACCCUGACCGUCAUAAUUGGCGACGUGAAUGACAACAAAAUGCAGCCUGGAUCUAAGGACAUCUUCGUUUACAACUACCAAGGACAAUCGCCAGACACUCCGAUUGGACGGGUCUAUGUCUACGAUUUGGAUGAUUGGGAUCUGCCCGACAAGAAGUUCUAUUGGGAGGCCAUGGAGCAUCCAAGAUUCAAGUUGGAUGAGGAUUCCGGCAUGGUAACAAUGCGUGCAGGAACUCGCGAAGGGCGUUAUCAUCUCAGGUUCAAGGUCUACGAUCGGAAGCACACUCAAACCGAUAUACCAGCCAAUGUUACGGUUACAGUGAGAGAAAUUCCCCAUGAAGCUGUUGUAAACUCCGGAUCCGUACGUCUAUCAGGCAUUUCAGAUGAGGACUUUAUUCGAGUCUGGAACUACAGAACCCAAAGCAUGAGCCGCUCGAAGAUGGAUCGUUUUAGGGAUAAGCUGGCUGACUUACUAAACACUGAAAGGGAAAAUGUUGAUAUUUUCAGUGUGCAAUUGAAAAGGAAACAUCCGCCUCUAACAGACGUUAGGUUUUCCGCACACGGAUCUCCUUACUAUAAGCCAGUUAGGCUAAAUGGAAUUGUACUGAUGCACCGCGAGGAGAUCGAAAAGGAUGUUGGCAUCAAUAUCACCAUGGUGGGCAUCGAUGAGUGUCUGUAUGAGAAUCAAAUGUGCGAGGGCAGCUGCACGAACUCGCUGGAAAUCAGUCCUCUGCCCUAUAUGGUUAACGCCAACAAAACUGCCUUGGUCGGUGUUCGUGUGGACACCAUUGCUGACUGUACUUGUGGUGCUCGCAACUUCACCAAACCAGAAUCCUGCCGAACCACACCCUGUCAUAAUGGUGGUCGCUGUGUGGACACCAGAUUUGGUCCUCACUGCUCAUGUCCUGUGGGAUACGCGGGACCCAGGUGUCAGCAAACCACUCGCAGUUUCCGUGGAAACGGUUGGGCCUGGUAUCCUCCCCUGGAAAUGUGCGAUGAAUCGCAUUUAAGUCUGGAGUUUAUUACCCGAAAACCCGACGGCUUAAUCAUCUACAACGGUCCAAUUGUUCCUCCAGAACGGGAUGAGACGCUCAUCUCGGAUUUCAUUGCCCUGGAAUUGGAGCGAGGUUAUCCUAGACUGCUUAUCGAUUUCGGCUCGGGAACUUUGGAGCUGAGAGUGAAGACUAAGAAGACGCUGGACGACGGUGAAUGGCAUAGAAUCGAUCUGUUUUGGGAUACCGAAAGCAUUCGAAUGGUUGUCGACUUUUGCAAAUCAGCAGAGAUUGCCGAAAUGGAAGAUGGCACUCCCCCGGAAUUCGAUGACAUGUCCUGCCAGGCGAGAGGACAAAUUCCGCCAUUUAAUGAGUACCUCAACGUGAAUGCUCCUUUGCAAGUGGGUGGUCUAUAUCGGGAACAGUUUGAUCAGAGUCUGUACUUCUGGCACUAUAUGCCAACGGCCAAAGGAUUUGAUGGCUGCAUCAGAAAUUUGGUGCACAACUCAAAACUCUAUGAUCUGGCCCAUCCUGGUCUGUCGAGAAAUAGUGUCGCGGGCUGUCCUCAAACCGAGGAAGUUUGUGCUCAAACGGAAACCACAGCUCGCUGCUGGGAGCACGGAAAUUGUGUUGGAUCCUUGUCCGAAGCUCGUUGCCAUUGUCGACCGGGAUGGACAGGUCCUGCCUGUAAUAUCCCUACGAUACCCACUACCUUCAAGGCCCAGAGUUAUGUUAAAUAUGCUCUGAGUUUCGAGCCCGAUCGUUUCAGCACGCAAGUCCAGUUGAGAUUCCGGACCAGAGAGGAGUAUGGCGAACUUUUCCGGGUUAGCGAUCAGCACAAUCGGGAAUACGGAAUUCUGGAGAUCAAGGAUGGACAUCUGCACUUCCGUUACAAUCUGAACUCUCUGCGCACUGAGGAAAAGGAUCUCUGGCUGAAUGCCAUAGUCGUAAACGAUGGCCAAUGGCAUGUGGUGAAGGUAAAUCGAUAUGGCUCAGCUGCUACCCUGGAAUUGGAUGGCGGAGAGGGUCGUCGUUAUAACGAGACCUUUGAGUUCGUGGGACAUCAGUGGCUGUUGGUGGACAAGCAAGAGGGUGUCUAUGCGGGCGGCAAAGCUGAAUACACUGGAGUGAGAACCUUUGAAGUGUACGCCGAUUACCAGAAGAGCUGUCUCGAUGAUAUACGUCUGGAGGGCAAACACCUGCCAUUGCCACCGGCGAUGAAUGGUACUCAGUGGGGACAGGCUACCAUGGCCAGGAAUCUGGAGAAGGGUUGUCCCUCGAAUAAGCCCUGCUCCAACGUGAUCUGCCCCGAUCCGUUCGAGUGCGUGGACCUGUGGAAUGUCUACGAGUGCACCUGUCCGGCGGGCUACAAAAGCUCGGGCAGCACCUGUGUCAACGACAACGAGUGCCUACUGUUCCCCUGUCGCAACGGGGGUCGCUGUCGCGAUCAUCAUCCUCCAAAGAAGUACGAGUGCCAUUGCCCCAUGGGCUUCACUGGCAUGCACUGCGAACUGGAGUUAUUGGCCUCCGGCGUAUUGACGCCAUCCCGUGAUUUUAUUGUCGCCCUGGCGCUCUGCCUGGGCACUCUGAUACUACUCGUCUUGGUGUUCGUCGUAUACAAUCGUCGCCGUGAAGCGCAUAUCAAAUAUCCGGGUCCCGAUGACGAUGUGCGCGAGAAUAUCAUCAACUAUGACGACGAGGGAGGCGGCGAGGAUGAUAUGACGGCCUUUGACAUCACACCUCUGCAGAUACCAAUUGGAGGGCCAAUGCCACCUGAGCUGGCGCCCAUGAAAAUGCCAAUUAUGUAUCCCGUCAUGACCUUAAUGCCAGGUCAGGAGCCCAAUGUGGGCAUGUUCAUCGAGGAGCAUAAAAAGCGCGCCGAUGGUGAUCCAAAUGCGCCACCUUUCGACGACUUGAGGAACUACGCGUACGAGGGCGGCGGCAGCACAGCUGGAUCGCUCAGCUCGUUGGCUUCAGGAACUGAUGACGAGCAGCAGGAGUAUGACUACCUCGGAGCCUGGGGGCCGCGCUUUGACAAGCUGGCCAACAUGUAUGGACCCGAGGCGCCCAAUCCCCACAAUACCGAACUAGAAUUGUAAGCUGGUGGAGCGAGGAGUGGCGUGGAAUAGAGUGGGGAGAAGGGAGAGACCGAAUCCAAGUCCGAUGCGGAUACCUAGAUGAACAAACUAAAACUGUUAGUAGAUACAAAGUUGCAUUUAAAACGAAAUGAAGCCCCACUCCCGAGGGAAACUCACACACACAAAGAAAGCGCAACCAAAGAAGCAUCUCAAUGCUGAAGUUGGCAGAACUCUCUACGUAAAUGGAAACUAAGAACUAGAAAACUAAAAUAGGGGAAGGGAAGUGGAAGUGAAAUCAAACACAUAUUAUGACACGUAAAAUGACAUUUGUAAAAAUAUUUCAUCAGCAUUUAAAUUUAAACAAUUACGAUAAUGAGAUUUAGUUGUUAGGGCAACGGUAGGCCGAAAAACGGUUACGGUGGCACUUUUUCCAGCAUUUUUUGCGGGGCAAGUUAUGAACGAAAUAAAACUAAAAAUUGAGGAAAGAUAUUUGUAUGAUGUAGGAGAGAGCAUACCAAAGUUUAGUUUAGGAGCGCUUAUGAAUUUAUAACUUUAAUUCUCAAACCGAUUUAUUGUGCAUAUUAUUUUAAGUUGUAAUUAUUAUUUUAGGCAUUUUAUGUUUAUAAGUUUGUGACGCAUGUGAGAGUCAUUUAGCCGUUAAGCCAGAACAAUUCUCAACGCCUUUAAUUUAUCGGAACUUUAAGUUAAACCAUUUUUAUUUCGCAUUACUUUUUAAGGAUUACGAUUAAACAGAAUUAAAACUUAUAUAAAGGAAUACCCAAAGACUGUUUUCGUUCCAUCAUAACAAGUAUAUACAUACAUUAAAAACACGAAACAUAUAUAUAUAUAUUAACAUAUAAACAUUACGAAAUUUUUAACUGCAACCGACGUGCGUUUCGCAAUUUGUCGCAUUGUGUAUGAUUCAAUUUAAAGUAAACCACAAUCGGCAAAACCUGGCCAAAUUCCAGGAAGAAAGUACUCCUACAAAAAUAUUCUAAAGCAGAAAACCUAUGCUAAAACUCCAUAAAAGCGAAUCAAGCAAAAGAGUAAAAGAAAAAGUAAAAGUAAAAAAAAAUAAGAAAACGAAAAAUUACCUUUAGAUGAACUUAGCGCAAUUGAUAUAAUUAAAAUGAAUACUUCAAAGGAAAACAAAUGAUAUAUAUUAAUGAUGAAAAAAUGGAAAAGUAUUUUACAUUGUAUAUAUUAUUAGUUUUAGCACGUAUACAAAGAAACACACAGAUACAACAAUAUUAAACCAAAUCAAAUUGGUAGCAAAACCUAAAAUAAUAUUAAGUCAUUUCAACUACAGAGAAAGAAUGCAUUGAAAGAAAAACAAAUAAAAUCCUCCAUAUACAUAAACCCAAACUAACUGCAUUUAAACACAAACUUUUCCACACAACAAAACAAGCGGUUUGUAGAUUCGUCCUUUUUUUCCAUUUGUUUGCUGAAAACUUAAUCGAUCGGCAAUGGUCGCAAAUUUUUAUUAUUUUUCGUUUGUUGUUGCAUAGACCCACACAUAAUAAAUGUUGUUUUUUAAGUUGAAUUCGUGUGUUUGAUUCAAUUUGCAACAGUCAGCCAGAAAAACUAAACCAGAAACGCAGUUUCCCGAUAACAGAUUGUAGAGAACCGUAAGUACACAGCAAAAAAUAUAUAUAAGAUCUGCGUAGAUCAUACAGUUUUCUAGGAUCCUAUUAUUUUCAGUUCCCUAAUUUGACAGAUUGUCCCUUUAGCAGACAAAAACACGACAAAAUUUUUGGUAUUCGAAUUAUUCCUACUACCACAGAAGAAAGUUUAUGAACACUACUUAAGAAAAACCUACCAUAUACAUAUAACAAAUGGAGAAAAA